AUGGGCAAACCUGAACAUGAGAGCUUUCAAAAUGAGUUCCUGGAUACUCACAACGCCUACAGAACACUGCACAACGCACCGCCUAUGACACUUAACAGUGAGCUGAAUGCUGAAGCUCAGAGAUGGGCAGAGCACUUGCUGGUUUUGGGUACUCUAAAGCACAGUGACAGCAGUGAUGGCGAGAAUAUUUAUUACAAGUGGAGCUUGGCCAUUAAAUUAACAGGAAAAGAAGCAGUUGAUUUGUGGUACAGUGAAGUUAAGGAAUAUAAUUGGACAAGGCCAGGGUAUCAAACCAAUACAGGUCAUUUUACACAGGUUGUGUGGAAAGAAAGCACCCAACUGGGAGUUGGUUUGGCCACUGAUGGCAACAAAGCUUUUGUUGUUGGGCAGUAUCGACCCGCAGGCAACAUCAACACGGAGCAGGACUAUAUUGAAAAUGUCCUCCAACAAGAUGCAAGCUUUCAAAAGGAGUUCCUGGAUACUCACAACGCCUACAGAGCACGGCACAACGCACCGCCUAUGACACUAAACAGUGAGCUGAAUGCUAAGGCUCAGAAAUGGGCAGAGCACUUGCUGGUUUUGGGUGCUCUAAAGCACAGUGACAGCAGUGAUGGCGAGAAUAUUUAUCACAAGUGGAGCUCGGCCCGUAUUAAAUUAACAGGAAAAGAAGCUGUUGACUCGUGGUACAGUGAAGUUAAGGAAUAUAAUUGGGGAAGGCCAGGAUAUCAAAGCAAUACAGGUCAUUUUACACAGGUUGUGUGGAAAGAAAGCACCCAGCUGGGAGUUGGUUUGGCCACUGAUGGUAACACAGUUUAUGUUGUUGGGCAGUAUCGACCUGCAGGAAACAUCAGCAUGGAGCAGUACUUCAUUGAAAAUGUCCUUCAACAAGGUAACUCAUGA